AUGACAGCCCCUCUGGCAAAAGGCAUUGUGAUUACAGUUACAGUCAUUGUUGCGGCUGGAAUUGCAGCUUAUGAGAGUCCAGAGGUAAAAAGAUGGCUCGACACAUCUCGACGCAAGAUAGCUCUUGCUCUACAUAGCCUAGGGGACGGUAUCAGCCCGGAAAAGCAACGUACAUCUUUGAGAGAUGACAUAUCUAUGACCGAGGCCACUGGACUAGAGGCUGAAGAAAGACGACGAAAAGCCAGAGAAGAAAUCAUGAGACGUCAUGCUCUGCUGACGGCAAAACGACGUGCUACCUCAGAAGGCAGCAUGAGCAGUUUUGAUAAACUUGUGGAUAGCGAGGGUCGGCUGAAGGAUACGAAAGUGUUUGACAGGGAACCCGAGAAGUUAAUCUCCAAGUCUUCAGCGAUUGACAUGCCUGACAUGUCGCGGGUAAUUCCCGUGAAUGUAAAACAAGGCGAUCCAAAUACUACUUCACAGUCAAUGUCCGUGGUUAUCCCGAGUAUUGAUCCAGACCAAUGCCGUGCCCUUAUAGAGAAUGUGCAAAUGGGCUCGUCUCGUGCCUCUACGCUAGGCUCAGAGACACCCUCCCACCACCCUUCCGAAUCUUUGAUAAAUUUAACCCCAACGUCUGAAUUCCCGGGUACCGACUUCCAAGCUUCCAUUCACAUAAGUGAACAAGAAAUACCCGUACAGGAUAACACCGCCCAUACAGAGGACGGGGAAUCAGAUUUUUACUACGCCCAUCCGGACCAUCACAACCAGGCAGCCUCUCAGUCAGAAAGAGUUAUCUUUGAUGCAGAUGGCACUCACACCCCCACAAGUCAACCUUCAUCUGCUCCAUCCAUUGCUUCAAAUCUGAGCCAUAUAGACAACGAUCCUUUCGAGUCAGCCUCGGACGACUCAAUUAGUGAUCUUGGCCGAUCGCGAGAGGAAGUCUACACACCGGUCAGCUGGUCUGAGGUUGGUAGUGUCAUCAGUAGCAAUGAUGGAGGCCACGCUUGA